AUGCAUGAUCUUCUUCCAGUAUCCUUUCCAAUUUUCGGGAAGUUUGGCAAUUAUAGCCCCCACUUGAAAGGUCUCCGAUUCUCCAUUCGUUGGUUCCGGCAAAGGCGCCAAAUUUGGAUCAAGAGUAUAAAAAAUCUUCAACACCGUUCGGAGGAAUUUCAACUUGUCUUGCCACCGCAGUUACCGGACCAAGUGAGGAGGGAGAUUCUGGAGCUAGGAUUUCCGGAUGAUGGGUACAAUUACUUUUUACACAUGCGGGAGAUUAAAAAUACCGGCAGUGGCUCUUCAUAUUAUCAUAAUCCGAAAGCGAAUCUCAAUGAGCUUCCGCGAGAUGUUAAGGCCUAUGAUGCUUCAAGAGUGGAAGUUUGUAGGGUGAAUAAUGAUUCCGAUAAGAAGUUACUGUAUAAUGUUGCAUCGAGGACUGUUGGGGCAAGAUUACAGAAAGUGGUGGAUCCUGAAGUGGCUGCAAUGCUGGAUGACAGUGAUUCAUCGAAAUUUGGAUCCGAUGUGGAGGACCUGGAAGAGGAUUUCAUCAUGAGAGCAAAUUUCGUGGAAUGUCCACUUGAUUUUCUACUCGAUAAGCAGUUGAGUUUGAUAGGAGGGUCCAAGGUUGGCCAUAUAGGAAAUGGUGAUUUGCAUGCAUCUGGUGCACCAGAAAAUGAGGCUGAAUUUUCAGGCUUGGGUAGUGAGAAGCCUAGAGCUCAUUGUCUUUUAGAUGAGCGAUUUGACUUGUGUUAUUGGGUUGCUGUUUUUAUCAGUGUGAUGGUUUAG